UAAAUUGCUUGAGACACUCAUUGAUGAGUUAGAGUCGAAGAAAAUCAAGAGGAGGCCGGCCUGGUGUUCAUAAGACGAGCGCUUUCACCGCCCUUUUCCCCCCCGGCCUGGCAAACCAAACGUACCCAUCGUUUGACGACAUCCGGGCCCACUGGCCACGCACAGGUGCAAUGUUGCCUAGCUGCAACUUCAAGAGCCGCACUCCCUACGAAUUUGCCACGAAGUCGAUAAUGCUUGCCCCCGUCCUACUCCGCAUCGGCAACUGUGUCAGUUCACCACUAGCCGCAUAUGUCUGCCUGAAGCCGAGGACACGAGACACGAAACCUUGCCGGUCCCCCACAACGCCAAGCCAAGAGUCACAAGGCUCCGUUCAAGGCCGUUUCUGCCCACCGUCUCUUUUCCGUAAGAAGUCGGAAUCCGCGAGUCUAGCAGCGGGCUGUGCUGUACCGGAGUCAAGAGCUAGUCUAACAGUCCUUCUAUUGUUCUGUGUUCCCUUAUUGGGGCUGACUUGCAUAACGCAGGCUAAUUCCGAUCGAGACAGAAGCUUAUCCAUCCUGCUGGCCACCCGGUCAGUUCUUUUGCAGAUACAUACCAACUCCGCAGUCCGCCUUGCGGCCUCAUCAUCUUUCUUUCUCCUAUUGCUCUAUCCACACCUUUUGCUUAUUGCGGCUGUGCAUUUCCCUUUUUCUCGCCGCCACUUGCUGGCUCCUCAUAAACCGUUUCCUCAUUUAAUCCCUGUUGUGGUUUGAUGUAUGUUGUUCAUCGGUCUGGUUCGGUUCCGCUUAUGAGUAUCGAUUUCGGUAAAACUUUCCGUUUGAGUCAACCAAGGAUUACUGUGAGGCUCAACCCCACAUUUGCCUUCACUGUUGCCGGGUGCUAGGCUCAAUGCUACGAGGCGUUUCAUGUUGCAGCCUCACUGCUGCCUGUUCUUAAGCCCCAAGCAGAAAAAGGUAUUUGACUUCACCGCAGCGAGCAAUGUUAGUGAUUGUUCGGCGCCUC